AUGAUCUUGCCAAUUAACUCCGAGACUGCUCAGACGAUCCCGGGUGUUUCCGUGCCUGCGGUAUCCGUCUUCAAUCCCGAGCCAUCUCGCUAUCAAGUCUUUCACAUCCAGCAUGCCCCUGGGUCUCAUAAGAUCUUCAUCUCAACUAGCUCCCCUAGGCCAGCUGGUUACCUUUACUAUGUCACGGGUGUCUCUCUUUCGGGCCAUCCACAGAAUGUACUGCCUCUCAUGAUCGAUACCCUCAAUUCUCCUGAUCAAAUUGGCAACAUUCACGAAAGUCAAUGCGUCGGCUCUAUCGCAUCUCACGACCUCGAGCGUGUGCAAACCGUGAUAAGUGACCACUCGAGACUACUCGGCCAACAGAGCUUUGCUCUUUCUCCUAAUGAGCCGACCCUUUGCGAAGAUUGGGUCAAUGUGGUUAUCGCAAUGCUCCUUGACGAUGACACCAUCACACGGCCCAUUGUAUUCACCAACGACUUUACUCCCAUCAUCCCUACAAGCGUCGAAGCCGACAUACCGUGGAUCGGAGUUGACAUAGGUAAACUGAGACGUUUCCUCGAAAUGGCAGCUUUGGUUGGCCAGAGAGCGUUGGUGGUUCAUAUGUGA